AUGAGCUUAAAAGAACUUACGUAUAAUGUGCGUUUUCGAGACAUCGGCAGCGAAAACCUCGCACCUGUUUGCACGCGACAUUCAACGCAGACUGGAACGGUCCUAACACGGGUAGCGCAUCGACAGACGCACUCCCUCCGGUUCCCUCCGGCACCUGUGCGCCCUCGGAUGCAACUAACGCACUUCGGUGGUCUCGUGCCCAGUGUAUUGUAUGACGUUCUGACCCUGACCGUACACACCAACAUCGGACUGAUGCUGGUUUUAAAUAACGUCGACGACCCUAGUUCUGAAGACCUCAUUAUAUAG